AUGCCUCGAGUGACAGAUGUGGUGACUUCUGACUCGGAAGUGAACAGGCCACGCGCGAAACACAAGAAAGAGUAUUCAUCCAAGAAGAAUCGCGUUACAGUGUCCUCUUCAGAGCCUGACCCCGCGUCGGAGAACGAAGAGGCUCCUGGAGAGGAGGGCGACGAGCAGGACGAGGAGUAUGAGAUUGAGGAUGUCAUAGAAUCCCAAAAAGGUUACUUUGAUGAUGGCAAAUAUGGCUAUUUCGUGAAAUGGAAAGGUUAUCCCUCGGAGGAUAACAGCUGGGUGCACGAGGAUGAUGCAGCGAAUGCGCAGGACCUCAUCACUAAGUAUUGGGAAAACAAACGCAAAGCUAGCAAGGGUGGUCCACGCAAGUCUACAGAUGCUGGCAAACUCAAAUCCGGCCGUAAAUCCGCCAUUGCAGAGGACACUCGUGAGCCCACGCCCCCCGCAAAGAAACGUAGUAGGCCGAAGAAAGCGGACCAGGAACAGUCGGAGAGGGAGCAGGACGCAAGCAGUGAUGAUGAUGAUGCUAGAGCAAAGAAAAAACCACGUAAGAGCCAAGGGACUUCUGCGAAGAAGGUCACAAAACAGCUAGCUGAAGACGAAGAGGUGGUCACUUUUGGUAGCAUGAAGAAGCACAUGACUAUUGCUAGUUGGGAGAACCUUGUUGAGACCAUCGAUACGAUCGAACGCGGAGAAGAGGGAGACCUCUAUGUCUACUUCAAAAUAAAGCACAGCGAUGAACGAAUGCGGGAAAAUUCCCGACUUUGCGCCCACAAGUUCCCUCAAAAGCUCAUCAAGUUCUAUGAGUCCAAUUUGCGAUGGAGAAUUGACGGUGAAGAUGCGAAUUAACGCCGUACGACGCAGCGGCAUCCAACCGGAGAUGCUUCUUGUUUUGUUUUGUUCAUUGCUCUAUCUCGUUUCACACAU